AUGUCGUCCGCUCUGUUGCAACGGGUGCGCGCCCCGCCUGCGCUUCGCGCCGCACAGACGUCUGUGCGCCACUACGCCCGCGCCGAGCCCAACACCGGCGAUCCCAAGAAGGAGCACAUCCGCCGCGCGCUCUACCCCAGCACCAUCCGCAACAAGCCCACGCCCACGGGCACCUACCGCCCCGACGUCGCCCGCGCCCUCCUCCGCGCCGUCCCUCACACGCACGCACACGAGGUCAUCGAGCGCGCGUGGCUGCUGCACAAGCGGCACGUCCGCAAGGCGCGCGACGCGGAGCUCGCGCGCAAGUUCCGCUGCAUGCAGGAGGCGAUGGACGAGCUUGAGCGGAUUGCGCCGCACCUACACCUCGAGGCGAACAAGCGGGAGGACCCGCGCGCGAGGAGCAAGGCAGAGAUGGAGAGGCUGAAGGAGCUGUCGACGCCGCAGGCAAGGGCGCUGGACGCACGGAUACGCGGCCUCUUCCCGCGCGAGCUCAAGGUUCCGACGGAAACGCCGUCUCGCACGGGGUGGAACUACGACUGGGAGCCGUUCCAGCGUCCGACAUAGAGGUGCGUAUACAUGCUCGGCCUUCGAUGCACGCAACUGAGAAAAGCAAUACAGGCAGGGAUGCGACGUUGCAUGGAUAUACAGUACAGAGCAAGAGAUUGGAU